AUGGCAUCGACGUCCUCUUCCGACGGAAUUGCCGGGAGAAUUCAGAACGCAUCGUUGGUUCUUGUGUCGGAUAACAAUUCCUCGAUAGCUGACAUCCGUAAAGCUGUGACUAUGAUGAAGAACAUUGCUGUUCAAUUGGAGAAAGAUAAUCAAACUGACAAGGUCAAAGAGCUUGAAAACUCUGUGGCUGAGCUGUUGGAUUUAUAUAGGGAUUGUGCUCAUCGUUCGUCAGCAAUUCAAUCUGUUGCCACUAGGUACCAGCCUGGAGAACAGCUAACUGACUUUGAAAAGUUGUUUGACGAUGAGUUCACAAAGCUCAAGGCUACUACUUCUUCAGUGCCACAAAAUGGCCAGUUGAUGCGCCAGUUCAAGGAAGCAGUUUGGAACGUUCAUCAUGCAGGUGAGCCAAUGCCUGGUGAAGACGAAGAAGACAUUGUGAUGACCAGUACUCAGUGCCCUCUCCUAAACAUAACAUGCCCUGUGAGCGGGAAGCCCAUCACUGAAAUACUAGAUCCAGUUCGCAGUGUGGAUUGCAGGCACAUCUACGACAAAGCAUCAAUCAUGCAUUACAUAGGCAACAAUACCAAUGCGAAAUGUCCUAUAGCUGGUUGCCGAGGUAAACUGCAGAUUAGCAAAAUAGUUUGUGACUCAAUGUUGAAGCCUGAAAUUGAGGAGAUGCGCUCGAUGAACAAACAAACUAACACGGCCGAUGUGAUUGAAGACUUCACUGAAAUUAUCGAUGAAGAUUAA